GAACGUGUGAAGUAUAGCUUUUCCUUCUCCUUCUCUUUUUCAUCUCCACCAAGCACCUUUCUCUCUUUCAAGCCAAAGAAUCGAACAGCAUGGAUCUGACCAAGCCAAAAGUACUCGUCUACGGAUCCAUCAACAUCGAUGAUUUCUACGUCGUGCCGCAUAUCGUUCGAUCUGGUGAGACGAUCUCUUCCAGCUCUUACAGCGUGAGCGCCGGAGGCAAAGGCGCAAAUCAAUCUGUGGCUCUGGGAAGGGCCGGUGCGAAUGUGUACCAUGCAGGAAAGAUCGGAAGUGAUGGUAAAUGGGUCAUGAAGAUUAUGCAGGAAGCUGGAGUCGAUACAUCGUAUAUCAAAGUCUCUGAGAAGGAGGCAACAGGAAGGGCCAUUAUUCAACUGAGCGAAGAAUCGCGCGACAACUCGAUUGUAUUGUUUCCAGGAGCGAACAAAACUAUGACCUUGGAGGAAGCACGCCAUGUGCUGUCGAACUUUGGAGAGGGUGACUGGAUCUUGAUGCAGAACGAGAUGAGCAGCGGAGGCGAGAUCAUGCACGCGGCCAAGGAACGAGGCAUGACGGUUUGUUUUAACCCGUCGCCCUUUACCAAGGAGCUUCCUAGAGAGUAUCCGAUGCACCUUGUUGAUUACUUGAUAAUCAAUGACAUUGAAGCAAAGGAGUUGUAUGCGUAUUUGACGGAGCGCAAGGGCGGUGAUGCGGAUUCGGUCACGUCCUCGUCUGAUAUUGCAGCACCAGAGAGUUUUCCAGUGCUGGAGAAAGCGUAUGGCGAGAUUAGUGGGAUUGUUAUUACGCUUGGAGGAGAUGGGCUGGUUGCACGAUUCCGUAUCAAGGAGGAAGACGAAAAGUUGAAAGAGUUUCGAAAGAGUGUUGUUAAGGGCGAGGUCGUCAACACCACAGGAGCUGGAGAUUCUUUCACUGGGUAUUUUAUCGCGAAUCUCCUCCGUAAUCAAGAGGCAGGCAAGCGCUUUAGCGAGGAACAGCUCCAGGCAGCGUUGGAAGAGGCAAGCCAUGCGGCGUCCUUGGCAGUCGGCAAGGAGGGUGCCAUGGAUUCGAUUCCCAUCAAAGAUCACGUUGACGAACACAUCAGGAAGAGGAAGGAGUCGCUGGACUAGCGCGUCGACAGUACUCUGCUCAUUGGCAAAAGAGACAUGGCCAUGGAAGUAGUUGAUUUGUCUAAGACACGAUUUAUUUCAUAAAU